CCUGGGUACCGCUGGCUGGGCUCCCUUCCCCCGCGGCCGCCCCGGGGGACAGGCCGCGGCCCCUCCCGCCGGAGAACAAACGGGACAUUCAGCCGCCGCCCGUGGCUGCCAGGGCGCGUCCCCCGGGGAAAAUUAGGCGUGGAGUCGGCCCCGAACGCCUUCAAAAGCGGCCCUCCCGCCGGCCGCGGCGCACUUGGUACCUGGCUGCGGGCGCCGAGCGGGAUGCCGCAGUGAGCUGCCGGCCAUGGGGGGCGCGAGCGCCUGCAUCCCACUCUGCCUGCUGCUGGCCGCCGCGCAGCUGGCCCGGCCGCAGACCCCAGAGAGACCUGUUUUCACAUGUGGCGGCGUUCUCACCGGAGAGUCUGGAUUUAUUGGCAGUGAAGGUUUUCCUGGAAUGUACCCUCCAAAUAGCAAAUGUACUUGGAAAAUCACAGUCCCCGAGGGCAAAGUGGUCGUUCUGAAUUUCCGGUUCAUAGACCUGGAGAGUGACAACCUGUGCCGCUAUGACUUCGUGGAUGUGUACAACGGCCAUGCCAAUGGCCAGCGCAUCGGGCGCUUCUGUGGCACAUUCCGACCAGGAUCCCUCGUAGCCAGUGGCAACAAGAUGAUGGUGCAAAUGAUUUCCGACGCCAACACUGCCGGGAGUGGCUUCAUGGCCACCUUCUCUGCUGCUGCCCCAGAUGGAAAAGGAGAUAGGUACUGUGGAGGACGCCUUGAGAAACCUUCCGGCUCUUUUAAAACCCCCAACUGGCCAGACCGAGACUACCCCAUAGGAGUUACUUGUGUGUGGCAUAUCGUUGCCCCGAAGAACCAGCUUAUAGAGCUAAAGUUUGAGAAGUUCGAUGUGGAGCGAGAUAAUUACUGCCGAUACGACUACGUGGCCGUGUUUAAUGGCGGGGAAGCCAACGACGCUAAAAGAAUUGGCAAGUUCUGUGGUGACAGCCCACCCGUGCCGAUCGUGUCUGAGAGAAAUGAACUUCUCAUUCAGUUCCUAUCAGACUUGAGUUUAACAGCAGAUGGAUUUAUUGGUCAUUACAAAUUCAGGCCCAAAAAAAUUCCCACAACGACAGCCAUGCCUGUCACCACCACGUUCCCCGUGACCCCAGGUUUAAAACCCACUGUGGCCCUGUGUCAGCAAAAGUGUAGACGGAUGGGGACUCUGGAGAGCAAUUAUUGUUCAAGCAACUUUGUGUUAGCCGGCACCGUCAUCACAACCGUCACCCGCGGUGGGAGUUUGCACGCCACAGUCUCAAUCAUCAGCAUCUACAGGGAGGGCAACCUGGCCAUUCAGCAGGCUGGCAAGAACAUGAGCGUUAAGCUCACUGUGGUCUGCAGGCAGUGCCCGCUGCUCAGAAGAGGUCUGAAUUACAUUAUCAUGGGACAAGUGGGUGAAGAUGGGCGUGGCAAAAUCAUGCCAAACAGCUUUGUCAAGAUGUUUAAGAAUAAGAAUCAGAAACCCAUGAACGCCCUGAAGAACAAGCAGUGUUAGCCUGAGCUCAGCCACUUCAGCUGGACUUGUUCGUCGCCUCUGAAAGAUCUCUUCUCCCCACAUAGAAAAGGCCCGUACGGUUUAACACUGAGCAUUCUGAGAGAUGGGGCUAAGUUACUCCUCACAUGGUGGGGGUGUGCCCCACUCCAGUGUGGCUGGUGAAAAUUCCGAGCCUGCGCUGUGAGGAGCCGCUCUCUGAGACCCCUCUCACCGGCUGCCUGAUGGGAACAGCAGCAAACAUGGGCAGCCUGUAAUAUACGUCUCUGUAGAAAGAUAUUCUAGAAUUGAGUUGUAUGAAGAUAUAAGAAGGGUUUUAUAAAGUGCAAUAUUUAUAAUGAUAUUUGGUUACCUUUAAGCAUUUGCUCUGAGAUGUCACAUUUUUUUCUCUUGCAUUUUUUAAAUCAAUGCUUAAUAAAAAUAUUUUAAGGGAUUACAUGACAGCCAGUAAACUUGUUCUCCCAGAAAGUAUAGCUGUGGUACCACUCCUGUUUAACAGGAUUCACGGUGCUAUUUACACAUAAGGUUCUCACUGUGUCAGCUCAGAGCUGGCACUCUAAGAAUUCCAGGGAUGAGACCCUGAUGCAAUUAUAGUUCAUUGCCAAUACACUAUAAGCCCAGCACUGGAAAUGAAAUACUCCUAAAUAGGGAGGCUGGGGAAACUGAGUCAGGCGGAACCGUAGAGCUGAAUCAGUGAGCUCCAGGUGCAGUUAGAGACCCUCAAAGAAAUAAGGAGGAGAGUAAAUGAAGGUACACACACAUGCGCACGUGUGCACACAUGCAAGCACAUGCACAACACACAUGCAACAAGAGGAGCAAUAUGCUUAGAACAGAAAUUGAGUCAAAAGUGGCUAUAAAUAACAGACAACUUUAACAAAGCUGAAAGUUGUUCUUUUGAAACAACUAAUAUAGCUCAGAAAACUCUGCAAAGAUUAAACAUAAAAAACAGUAAAGA